AUGACCUGUAACAACUUCCUGCAGAACCUAUUUUUGAGCAAAUUUACAGAUCUGAAAACUUUCAAUAUCGAAUUUAUUGUGACUUAUGGUGGAAUGAGAGACGGUAUUAUGGAAAUUUCAAUACCAAGUAAGAGCGGUGACACGGGUAGAAUUGUGGUAACUAUUGCUAACGAUGAGAAGCAGUUUGAAGACCAAGAGACGACUAAAAUUUCGCUUACGUUGGAUGUGCAAAAAAAGGUGAGAAAUAAACUUUUUCUGUGACUGCAGGAAAUCUCAGUGUACAGGGUGGGCCACUCGAAACUGACAAGUUGUUUCUUUGAAUUUCUCCGCGGAGGCUCUGCCGAUUUUUCUAAAAUUUAGAUUUUUCUGGAGCUGAGACCCGCCAUUUUCAACCGACUGAAUUUCAAAAAAACAUAUUUUGAAUUAACCUUUCCAUGCCUUUUCAAAGUUUUGAAAAAUUAUUUUCGGGCCGAAACCGCUAAAACUUAUAAAAUUUUUGGAAUGAUUUUCAAUUGACUUUCUCGGACUUGGAAAAUUUUUGAUUUUUCUUACGAAAUCGUGGGCCUUAAACUUGUUUAAAGCAAAUUGAAAGCCACCAGAGGGUUGUUUGUAUUACCAUUAGGGCACGAACGCUCAAAAAAAAAAAAAAAAAAAAAAAAAUCAAACAAAGAUUGAAAAAUUCGACGUCAAUCGUUAUCGAGUCAGGCUUGGGGCAUCUUGAAGCUCAGAUACGUAAUUAAAAUUACGUAUCCACGAUACGUAAUUAAAAUUACGUAUCCACGAUACGUAAUUUUAACUGCUCAUGACUCUCAAAGCCACUACAAGGUUGUGAUGCGAGAGGAGGUGGGCAUAAUAACUCAGAUAGAAACAUUAUAAUCAGAUUGUUAAAUAAAAUUGUUUUUGGAACAAUAUUUGAUAACUAUCUGAGGUAAAACAAAGAAAAUUUCACCCAAGAACUCGGAAAAAUGACCAAUUUUUCAAAAUUAUUCCAAAAAUUUUCCAAGUUUUAGCGGUUUCGGCCUGAAAAUAAUUUUUCAAAACUUAGAGAAGGCAUGGAAAGGUCAAUUCAAAAUAUAUUUUCUUGAAAGUAAGUCGGUUGAAAAUGGCGGGUCUCAGCUCCAGAAAAAUCUAAAUUUUGGAAAAAUCGGCGGAGUCUCCGCGGAGAAAUUCAAAGAAACAACUUGUCAGUUUCGAGUGGCCCACCCUGUAUAAUUUGUAUAUCCCAAAGAUGCCGCAACAUAUUUUUUAGGACAGGCGCGAUACAGAACGUAGAAACGCUAUGUUCUACGACAAGAAACCGGAUCGUCUUUAUUGCGCUCAAUGGAAGUACGAUAAUACGGUUGAUAUUCAUUACAUGACUCCAGGCCAGGAUCAACCAGUAAAGGUUCUAUCAACUCCAAACACUUGUGUGAAAUUGCAAAGCCCACACAUCUCUGUGGAUCAGGAGCAUUUAUUUUUGAUCUUUUCAUGCCAACAUGACACAUAUAUCAUGUAUUACAAUGCCAAGACCAAAGAAUGUAUAUGGCACGAAGUAAAUGGGCAUUUCCAAGAUAUGUUUCAAUGGGCAAAUCAAUUAUUAAUUCGAACAGAAGAUGGCUUAACUCACAUAAGUGCUGAUCACACUAUGCUGAGGAGUACUUGGAGUACUUCUAUUUCGAAUUCUAUUCGAAUGACUGAAUCGGUUUAUGCUUUCCAUCAAAAUUCUUAUGUCUCCGUAAGUCAUUCAGUCAUCAAUUUUUAAUUCAAAUUUGCAGAAUUUACUAUGACUUUCUUUUAGUUUGCAUUUAUUGAAAAUGGGAUGUUCAAGAUUAAGAAAACAAUGAUAUAUGCAGGUGAAUUAGCAAAAUUGAAAAGAAGAUGUAGCAGUAUUCUGACAGUCAAGGACGGAUUCGGUUCCAACACUUAUUUCUUUGAAGUUUUCAACGGAAAUCUCGUUUACGACAAAAUUAGUCGACGUUUGGUAUAUGAUAAUGCAUCGGCAUAG